CUGUCCACUGGUAGAUUCAUGAACUGGCAACUCUGAAAACUUUGACUGACAUUUGAUUGAUUUUUUUUUCUGCUCGAAUCGCUUCAAUCCUAAGCUAUACUCUGUCGUGCGGGUACUGAAUUUAGCUUAUGACAACAUAGAGUAUGGUCAGAUAACUUUGACAUUACAGGCGAAAUUUUGUUCCUUAUAAACUACAAUGAAGAAAUCAGUUGAAUCAGUCACAAAGCCCGCAAAAAAUACGGUAAAAAAUGAAGCAGUUAACAGAGCCCAAGGCCACUCGAUUGAUAAGAAGAGUAACGACAAGAAAAAGCUUUACAAAUGUGUUUUGUGUGAAGAGAAAUUUUCCGAACACAGCUUCAUGAUCGAACAUUUCAGAAAACACGGUGAACGGAAACAAAUUGGAACAUUUUCAGAGGCAAAAAUUCCGAUCAAAGAUCAAUCGUCGGAUCUGAUCCAAUGUGAAUGGUGCACCGAGGUGUUUGUCACCAUAUCCAAGGCCAUUGAGCACAAAUUCCGAAAGCAUCGUUACGAGAGUACAAACUACUUUUGCUCCGAUUGUGGCAAACUUUUCCCGCUCAAGGUGGCAUUGGAACAGCACAAUCAAGUUGAGCACAAGAAACCGCAAACACAACGAACCGACAAUGACAAAAAUCGCUCGUUUCUCUGCAAAUUCUGUGCGGUGUCAUUUUCCACUUUGGAAGCGGUAAAAUUCCACGAGAAUGGAGCCCAUCAAAUGGAACAGCGACUGCAAAAUAUCAUAAUUCUACCUCCUGCGUCCAAGAAAGUCAAACUCAACAAUCAGGGUGAAGUUACCACUUUGUACUACUGUCAUCUGUGUGGCAACGAGUACAUGGUCAAGUUUAAUUUAAUGAAACAUCUGGACGUGUGUCACACAGUCGAAGAAAAAUCGACUACUCCUACCGAUGGCAUUAUCAAAUGUCGUGCGUGUGAAGCGAUCUUUUACAACAGCAAAGCCUACAAUGUACAUAACUUUCAUCACAAGCCGGAUGAUUUAUAUGUGACGAGCGAGGAGCAGAGACAAAAAGUUGUCAAUCGAGUCGAUCAGGAUUUCGACAUAAGCAGAGUGCCGCCAUCUUUACCUGCCGUACUCAAACCGAUUUCACUCAAGAGACUCGCUCGUAUUCCUCCAAAACACAGUCCAAUAACAAAUAAAAUGAAGAGAAACGAUAGUUCACACGCAACGAAAAGUGUCGACAGCGUGGACUAAAAUGACUGAAAAAUAAAUUUUUAAAUGAAAAG